CGCUCAGCUCCCGCGGCGGCUUCUUUCCGUUGGGAGCCCCCCCCCCCCCGCCACGAUUGUGCGCCCAGCGGGCCGGCGCGCGCCGGGACUCUCGUGCGGCUGGUGUCAGCGCGCGGCGCGGGCCGCUCCGCCCUGCGGACGGGUCUGUUGGUCUACAUGUUGCUGAAUGAAUAGUUCCCAAGAGCAGUGAGUCUACCCCAGAAAGCUAACAAUCCAUGAACUGUACAAAUACAGUGCUACUGAGCAACAGGUAAAGAUAUCCAAAACAUUAAUUCACAAACUAACUACAAAGGAAAAGCAAUUCAGUAACUGGAAGAAAAGGUGAGGACAUAAUUGUGCUAGGCGUUACUUGUUAAAAGAAGUACUGAACCAGAUUUGAUGUAAAACACCGUGCAUACAGACUUCUGCUUCUGACACCGUCACAGAACCCUGAACACCUACCUUGUGUCAUGGCUGUAUAGAAGACAUUCAUCUGAUAUUAUUAAUGGACUCCAAUGAACAUCAUUUUGGAGUCCACUGACUUUUAUAUCAGGGGUGCAUGCUCUCAUGAAGGGUAGUGCUGAAAGUUUUACAUUGAAAACAAAAUUUUUGUUACUACUGCAGGCUGGUUAUCUAACAGGAAAAACAGUUUAGUUUUUGGCUCAAUUUAACUUCCAGAAAACAGCCUUUUUUUUUUUUUUUUUUAAUUCAGUGGCCCUAUAGAAACCACUUGAUUUUAGAUUUUUAAUGACAGCGUUGUCUUAAGAUGACAAAUUAGAAUGAGUAAAAGCAAAUAGGUUUCCUACUGGAAAAAUUGUCUGUGUUGACCAUGUUUAGCCAUUCUGUUUUAUUCAGCUAUUUUUUUUGAAAUAUCCCCCAAAGAGUUAAUGCACCUUAUAUAGGCUACCUGACCUUUUGCAGCUUCAUAAUUCAUAUCUAGAUGUCACCGGUGUUCCCCAUGUUAACAGUUCUCAGCAUGUUUUACUAUAUCUGUCUUCGGCGCCGAGCCAGGACAGCUACAAGGGGAGAAAUGAUGAACAGCCGGAGAGCUAUUGAAUCAAACAGCCGAGCCUUACCUAUCAAUGUGGAAGUAGUCCAAUAUGCCAAAGAAGUGUUGGAUUUCAGUUCUCAUUACGGUAGUGAAAACAGCAUGUCCUACACCAUGUGGAAUUUGGCAGGUAUUCCAAAUGUGUACCCCAGUUCUGGUGACUUCACUCAGACUGCUGUGUUUCGAACUUAUGGAACUUGGUGGAAUCAGUGUCCUAGUGCCCAGUUGCCAUUCAAGAGGACUCCACCUAACUUCUAUAGCCAGGACUACGUAGAGCUUGCUUUUGAGGAGCCAGUUUAUCCCACAGCAGUUCAUGUUCUGGAAACAUAUCACCCUGGGGCUGUAAUUAGGAUUUUGGCUUGUUCUGCAAAUCCCUAUUCCCAAAAUACACCAGCUGAAGUAAGGUGGGAAAUCCUUUGGUCAGAAGCACCUACCAAGGUGAAUUCUCCUCAGGCUCGCCAGUUCACACCUUGUAUUAAACAGAUUGACUUUCCCACAAAUCUAAUUCGAUUGGAAGUAAAUAGUUCCCUUCAGGACUAUUACGCUGAAUUAGAUGCAGUAGUACUACAUGGUGUGAAAGAGAGACCUAUACUUUCACUUAAGACUUUGAUGAUAGAUAUGAAUGAUUUGGAUGAAGAUGAUGAUGAAGAAAAGAAUGACUGUGAAAUGGAUAGUCUUAAUAAACAGUUCAGCGUUGCAGCCCUCAGGGAAUGGACAACUAAUGGGUAUUUUGAUAAACUGCCUUAUGAGCUCAUUCAGUUGAUAGUGAGUCACCUUACGGUACCAGAUCUGUGUAGACUAGCACAGACUUGUAAGCUACUAUAUCAGCAUUGCUGUGAUCCUCUACAAUACAUUCACCUCAGUUUACAACCCUACUGGGCAAGGAUAAAUGACACAUCUCUGGAAUACCUACUGUCUCGCUGCACUCUCGUCCAGUGGCUGAAUUUAUCUUGGACAGGAAACAGAGGAGCCAUAUCUGUUUCUGGAUUUAGCAGGUUCCUGAAAGUUUGUGGCUCUGAACUAGUGCGCCUUGAAUUGGCUUGUGGCCAUUUCCUCAAUGAGACUUGCUUAGAGGUCAUUGCUGAGAUGUGUCCAAACCUUCAGGAAUUAAAUCUCUCCUCCUGUGAUAAACUACCACCUCAGGCUUUCAUCCACAUUGCCAAAGCAUGCAGUCUUAAGCGUCUCAUCCUUUAUCGAACAAAAGUAGAGGUUUUGCCUAGAGGGAUUGAUUCUCUAUGUUUUGAAUCUGAUUACCCUCAAACAGCACUGCUCAGCAUUCUGAACUUCUGUUCAGAGCUUCAGCACCUCAGCCUUGGUAGCUGUGUCAUGAUUGAAGACUAUGACCUGAUAGCAAGUAUGAUGGGAGCAAAGUGCAAAAAACUGCGUACUCUGGAUUUGUGGAGAUGUAAAAACAUUACUGAAAAUGGAAUAGCAGAACUGGCUUCGGGAUGUCCCCUCUUGGAGGAGCUUGAUCUUGGUUGGUGCCCUACACUACAAAGCAGUACUGGCUGCUUCACAAACCUUGCGCAUAAGCUCCCAAACUUGCAAAAGCUCUUUCUUACAGCCAACAGGUCUGUGUGUGACACGGACAUUGAAGAACUUGCUGCUAACUGUACUCAUCUUCGGCAGUUGGACAUACUGGGGACAAGGAUGGUAAGCCCUGCAUCUUUAAGAAAAUUGCUGGAGUCUUGUAAGGAUCUGUCUUUACUUGAUGUGUCCUUCUGUUCACAAAUUGAUAAUAGAGUUGUCCUCGAACUGAAUGCCAGCUUUCCUAAUGUGUUCAUAAAAAAGAGUUUCACUCAGUGACUCACUACGUAUGCUGGUAUGGAAUUCAUUUGAUAGUGUUGUUUCCUGUGAAUUUGUGAUUACAUUUUUCUUCAAAAAAGAAAUAAAAAUCGUCCUUAAAAUAGAGGGAAAAUGUUAACUAUAUUCAUGAAAUGAGUACAUAUUAUGUAUUUGGUGGGGAGCUCUUAUUCUCCUGUAUCUAGUAAUUGUUUUCCCUUUGUUAACUGAUGGCACUUUGUGUUUAAAUAGCCACAUAUGUGGUCUAAAUUAGAGAAGAUGAAAAAAAUAUUCUUGAUGCCCUUUUAAAAAAAAUGUGUACAAUAAGAUGCAUUAAAAUCCAGGUGAAAGUGAAGUUUUAACAUUUAGCAAUAGAGGAAUGAUGGGAGUGUCUCUGUCUUAUAGGUUGUAGUGUUUUAGUUUUGGUUUGUGACAUAAGACCUUGUGAUCUGGCCUGUAAUGUGCUGUUUGAAAAUUGUUUAAGCUAGUGUAAGAUCAGACUAGACUGAAAAGCCACUUUUUCCUCUCCUUUUGUUGACAGUGACUGGUAUCUAUUUUAAAACUCUGAUGUGUCUGCUAAGAGGUGUUUUUUCCCUUCAAAUGGAUGAAAUGCGGCAAUGUUUUACAGUCCAGCUUAAAUGACAAAACAGAUAAAUACAAAAACUGACCACAUGAGUUUAUAGCAGAAACUAAAAAGAAAGAAAAUUACCUGCUUCCUCCUGUACUGGAUAUAAAAUUUGUGUCAGGUACUUAUUGUCAUAGUUGAUAACACACACAAAACCCAAAAGCAAUUUUCUUUUCAAAUUUCUUUUAUGUCAAAGUGUGUUGACUUGUGGUACAUCUGCCUUUCAUGUGAAGUAAUAAUAGUGUUACUCAGGAUAAUGUAUUAGAAACUCUUCCUUAGUUGGAUACAUACCUACUAUCAGGUUUAAAAACAAAUAUUUGGUGUUCAGUAAAAUCAUGAUGAAAAUGUUGAGUUUGUAAACCAAAGGCAAUGUGAUUUGGCUAUGUACUAAUUUAUUCUGAGAUGGGUUGCAUUUUUUUCACCACAAGAGAUAAUAUCUUUGAUAAUCUAAACUCCCUUAGCUGCUGUUAAGUCUUUAGAGGAGAGAGAUGAUGAUGUUAUUGGAUGAAUGGUUUUCUUCUACUUUUUGCACUUCUCUGAAUGAGACAUUCUUUCCUCCAUAAUGGCACCAGUGCUAUUCUGAAUUGGUAUUUACAUUAUGUACUCAUAUAUGAAAAACUCCUGUCUCUUUAGACACUAUUAGUGAACACAGACCACCAGACAUGAUCUCUCAUUUGGGAUCAGCUCCGUUAUUGUCACCUUUAUAGCAGAUGCUAUACAAUGUUUCUUCUUGUCCAUUGGAAAAAUAGGCAUAACAUUUUGUGUGGAAGAAGGCCAUCACUAUACAGAAGAUCAUCAGCAAAGAAAAUUUAAACUGAUGCAGUAAAUACCUGUCCACUGGAAGAGAAGUGCCUCAAAGCAUCAAUGAACCAGUGACCUCUAUGGACCUAAAUUAGUAUUUCUGAACUCUCCAUACCAAUGCCAAUGUUUUAUAAAUCAUUUCGUGAAACAACUAAAGACCAUUUUUCUGCUUUUAUAAACCUCCAUUCUGAUUUAAAUUGUACACAAUCUUGUAGAAAAUCCCAAAUCCAAAGAAAAGUGCACAGAUGUCUGUCAUUCACACACAGAUGUCACCAUGUGAUUUUUAGCUAGGUGCCUCCAUUCUGUUUGUCUUUCGGGUACUGAAGCUAUUUAGACAUGUUUCAGUCUAGACAUCUCUUCAACUGACAGAUGUCUGCCCUAGAGUCACUCUGUGCAAGAUCUCAUUUUAUUUUGGGAGUGCUUCCUUCUUUAAACAAAUUUUUUACUUUAAACUUAUUUUAAUAUAAUGUAUUUACAAUGUAUUGAAUAAUGUCCAAUGUAUAAUGUAAACCUAUUUUAAUGUAAUGUAUUUACAGUGUAUUCAUUGUAAAUGAGAAUUAAACAUUUAUGUCCCAUUUA